UGAUUUAUGACCGUUUCUUACAUGGUUUUGGAAUCGGAGCUGGAAUGAAAUUUAGCAGGAAAUCAGAGAUUAUCUGUGUACAGGAGCAUCAACCAUUACCGGAUGUAAAAAUUGCUCAACAACAAAUUAUUUUUAUAUAUCCAUUGACAAGCAGCACAGUUUGACUCUGAGAGUAUUGGCAGAUUUGUGAAACUUCUUCUAUGACUGCAUAGUCAAGACGGCUUAGAGAUGAUUCGACGGAGAGGAAGGAGUCAAUCCAUUUACCACAUAGUGGAGAAGGAUGCGGAUGUCGAUGAGGAUGAGCAUAUCGAUAUACAAGAGAGCAGCGAAAAAGUCGCUGCUAUGGAUGGCAAGUUCUUUGAACAGUUUAUAGCCUUGAGGUUUGCUGACGGAGAGGCUGGCCAAGAUACAUUCAAACCCAUUCAGGAUUCAUCAGCAAACAACAACUCUGCCAUCGAUUUCACCCAGUGUAGGGGCAUCUAUAAAGACAUUUCCCGUCCAACUCACAAAGAGGCUGAGUUCUUCUACAAAUCUGCUCUCAUCACGAUCAACCAGAGACUCGGGGUGAACUAUGAGAUGAAAGACCUGCCUAAUGCUCAGCUCUUUAAGUAUGCACAAGAGACCUUGAAUGUAAAUCCCCAAGAACAUGAAGCACUAUUAGAGAGAGUGUCAAAUAGCCUGCCACCUGCUCUAAUCAUGGUUGUGGAUGUAAUAUCAGCUAAAGGUUUGCUGGCAAAAGACUCAAAUGGUCUGAGCGAUCCAUUCUGUGUUCUGGGCAUUGUCGCUCUGUGGAGGGAGAACACGUCGGAAGGUGGAAAGCACAAGAUGUCGCACUCCAGGCACGAUCUCCUGCUCGACCACGCAAGCAAGGACUCCCUCUGUGUCACGGAGGUCAAGGAGAAGACCCUGUGCCCGACCUGGAGGGAGCAGUUCAGAUUUGAUGUUGGUGAUGUCAACAAUGAACAGCUGCAGGUUGAAGUGUGGGAUCAUGAUGAGGACUCAUCAGUAGGGCAACUCAUAAAGAAGAAUGCAUGCGAUGUUUCCAAUCUGAAGGGUAUGGGAAGAUUCUUCAAGGAGAUAGCUCAAUCGGCCAAGAAGGAUGGAAAGAACCUGGAUGAUUUCCUAGGAUGGGUCACCAUACCACUCAAUACCAUAUCGAGUCAAGGUUUAGAUUGUUCUUUUCCUCUGCAAAGCCGGGGAAAGAGUAAGGUGGAAGGAGAGCUCAAACUGAAAUUACAACUAGCACUCAAGAAGGAUGCGCCCAAGGCGAGCACGGAGGCGAUGGGGGCGGCUCACCAGUACCUGUGGUAUAACUUCACCCAUCAUGAGGUGUGUGAUAACGCCAUGACAGAGUACCGAUGGAGUGGUCAGCUUCCUCCAGCACCCAGGGCAGUCCUGCAUCAACUCGCUCAACAACAACAGCUACCAGAAAUCUACCAACUUGCCAGCCAGUGGAUAGCAUACAGUCAGCAGUGUGUGUUGCCUCGUCUAGAUCUCAAUGUGAUGCUCUCCAUCAUCACAGGCAUAACUAAUCUCUGGGAUAAGGGCCCUCCAGAUGAACAAAUGGUGACAUAUCUUCACAAGUCUUGCAGUGAGUUUGUAGAACAUUCUAUGAGGAUGUUACAGAAGCAACAUGAAGCUUUCCCAUUCAGAGACACCCAGGCCGUCCUACAACUUCAUCUUCUCCUCAGAUGCAUGGUUCUGAUCAAGCAGCUAAGUGAGAAGCUGUCCUGGGGUAUUUUUAAGGAGAAUGUGAAAGACCUCAUCACAGAUGCUAUUAAGACAAGCACCAAAGAUUGGUGUGAGAAGCAAAUCCUGCUAUGCGAGGAGGUCCAUGAAGCCAAGAAGAACAUCCUCUUCCAAGACGAUGAAGACUUCGAAGGCGAUGACGGAGAGGAGACGGAGGAAUCCAAGAAAGUAGCCAUCCUAGUCAAUCUCAUUGAGAAUAUGAUCAACCAUGUUAAAGUCCAGAUCAGACAGCCAUCUAUCAUUUAUAAGAAGGCCUUCGAUAUUGAUUUCACCAUGCUUAUACAUACAGAACUAGCUGAAAAGAUCAUGGCUGAGAUCAAAGAUGUUGUAUCCAGGGUGGGGAAGCUUUCCCGGAAUGACAGCCACCAGACGGCCAUUGCUCUGUUCUCACUCUUCCUGGCUGUCAGGGGCUUCCAUACAGCGGCAGAUAGAUCGUAUCGUUCAGACUUGGAGACCAAGAACUAUCACAUGGUUUUCAAGAAGUCUGUAGAGCAGUGGUUUGAGCUCGCGAGGAGCAAGGCCAGAGCACGCAUACAGAAGGCUGUGGAAGUUGAUGAGGUGAGGCUUGUAGACUCUAUGGUGAAGCACAGUUCAUCAGCAGUAGAUGCCACAACUACUUUUGUUCAGAUCAAGGAAUUCUGGACCAAGCUGAACUGGCCAGAUAAAAAUGGAGCAUACGUUUUUGUUGCCAAGGUUACAGAUGAUAUUCGUCAGGGAGCUGUAGAUUAUGCAAACAUCAUCCACAGAAAGCUGAAUGAGAACAAGUUCUAUGAUGAUGAGGGUCGGUUUGACGUUACAGACCAGCUCUGCAUAGCAGUCAACAACAUCGAGCAGGUCCGGCGCUACCUCUCCAGCCUCCCCGUCCAGCUCGACUUUGAGCGCGUGCUCGACGGUCUCCUCAUCGAGCACGGGUCAGUGGGGUCAGAGCAGUGCGGACUGACCCUUCAUACCAUGCUGGCCAGUGCGGACGAGGACAUGCUGAAUGUGAUCGGUAAGGUGGUCAGACACGUUGGUCAGAAGAUGGAGCCGGACUUCAGGAAGUACACGGCACCCCUCAUGUCCGCUCCACCUGAGUCCAACCUUGAUGAUGUGAUAACACCUUUAAUGGAGUAUCUUGAUAGCAAUCUUAUCACGCUACACAGCUGUCUAUUGAAAGCUAACUUCCAAAGAAUUUUGGAAGAGCUGUGGCUUGUUGUCUUGAAUAUCCUGAAAGAGAUGGUCAACAGUGGCUACAAGACACUUAAUCAACAUCCUCUGAUUGGGCAGAGAAUGCAUGAUGCUUAUGAUGUGAUUGGUAAUUUCUUCCAUGCGGAAGGAAAGGGUCUACCCAUGAAAGUGAUUGAGUGUCAAGCGUUCAAGGAAGCCAUGGGCAAACUCGGCAAGUUUGGUACCUCCACAAAGAGACUGAUUGAAGACUACCUCAUGGCUAGGGGCAUGCAGCAGGAAGCAGCGAACCAGUCUGAUUCUCCCCUAGGAACCCUUACAAUCAAGUGCAAUUAUAAACAGAGUCAGCAGAAACUCAGAGUCAGGGUCAUGAAUGCUACUCAAAUCAGACCUAUGGAUGACAAUGGUUUGAGUGAUCCGUACGUGAUAGUGUACCUACAGCCUCACCACGUCUUUCCUCAGACUCACUUCCAGAAAACACAGGUCAUCAAGAAGACGUUGCAUCCGCUCUUUGACGAGACCUUUGAAUUCAAUGUGCCUCACAACCAGGUGUUAUCUUACGGUGCUACCGUCCACUUUGUCCUCAUGGACUAUGACUUUCUAACUAAUGACUCUCUAUCUGAUACCCCCUGCAGCAAUGUGCCUCACAACCAGGUGUUAUCUUACGGUGCUACCGUCCACUUUGUCCUCAUGGACUAUGACUUUCUCAAGAAUGACUUUGGUGGUGAGGCGUACCUGCAGAUAAACGAUGUCCCUGGUGUUCAUGGCAAGAAGAGCAAGAACCUUGGUGAAGAAUCACCCAUCUUACUUCAUCUUCUACCGGGUGUUACUAAAGAGGAUGAAGCAUGGAUGUACGUCCAGACUCUCAAGGAGAGGUCUUCAGACAAAGAAGCAGCUGAGUUCCUCAAGCUUCAUAAGAUAAAGUGAGCCAGGAGAAACAUAGCUAUUCCUACGCACCAAGUUAGAGUAGACAGUCUUUGUACAACUCAUUUCAACAUGAUUGCCAUGGUCCUAAAGCCUGAUGAUUGCCUAUAUUGCCAUUCCUGAUGGAAAGAAAAGACAGAAGCAAAGCUUGCCAGAAUACAGCUUCGCACCUUUGUUGACUCUAUACGCAAGCAGCUAUCCAUCAAGACAUUUUCACAUGUCUUGUGUUGAGGUCAAAUUUAUAUGUCAUUGUAAAAUGUAUUAUAGUACAUGGAUUAAAAACAUGCAAGGGUAUCUAAUUCAAUUACCUGUUUUGCCCUGGGAAGGGAACUGACUAUUUGUAAUCCCCCACAAAAACAUUCUAGCUACAAUGUAACUUCUGGGACCCGUUUCACAAAGCCUUUUUUGAAUGACAAAUGACAAAAGUCAGUGAUAACCAAUCAGAAGCAAGGAUUUCAGUAGCUUAUAACAAAAUCUGUCAUUUGUCCCUGAUGAUAAGUUUUGUGAAACACCCCCCAGAUGUUGGAUUGGUCGUGCCUCCCAGGGCAUGGAGAGGGGUAAAUUCCUUAUUUUGUGUUCAUCAUCAAAUUGGCAACCCUUCACUAUGAAAGUAGAGAAUGUAUGCAUAUUUCCUUUCCUUUUGUGCUCUGUCUACUGUAGGACUGGUGUUAAUAUGAUAAUUUCAUAUCCCCACACUUCUAGCCAGGAAGACAGAAAAACUCACAAAUACACUGAAAUCUUUCUUGUCCAAUGUGAAUCGUGCAUUUCCUGAAAAGCUUGAACUGUACAUGUACAUGUAUGUGCAAAUUCAUUGCUAUGAGGCGAAGCCUGUACAUUAAGUUUAAGUUUGUGACAUUAUGGACAGACAUAACGGCCCGAAUUCACAAAGGAGGUUUGUCGACAA